UAAAAGAACAUUUUGGAAAAUGUAUUUUCCAAAAUUUAAUUAUAAAGUGUCGCUAAUUGUGAGUAUUGUUUUACUCAUAAUCGGUGCUGGUUUGUUUUUAACUUUUCCGAAGCUCUUGAGGAAAAUGAUUAAAGGUCAAGUGAACGUGGCACCAGGAUCAAAGAUAAGGCCAUUAUACGAAAAAACACCAUUUUUCAUUGAAUUUAAAAUCCGUCUGUUCAAUGUGACCAAUAAAGAUGAAGUGAUUGAAGGAAAAAAACCCAAACUGCAAGAGAUCGGACCAUACUAUUUUGAAGAGUGGAAGGAAAAAUUUGAUUUAGUCGAUAAUGAAGCAGAAGAUACGCUGACCUAUCAUUAUCGCAAUAAGUUCAUUUUUCGUCCAGAUCUGAGUGGCUCUUUAACCGGCGAUGAAAUCAUUACAAUGCCACAUCCAUUGAUAAUGGGCAUGUUUCUGGCCAUAAAUGUUGAUAAGCAGCCCAUGUUACCUGCUAUUGACGGCGCUAUAAAGAAUUUAUUCCACAAUCCAGCUGACGCUUUUUACACGGGACGGGUAAUGGACAUUAUGUUCGAUGGAGUAUCCAUCGAUUGUUCAUCGAACGACCAGACUACCACUGCCAUUUGUUUAUCAUUCGAUUCAAAUAAAGCAAUUCGCAAAGUAGACGAUCAUCAUUACGCAUUUUCACUUUUUGGAGGUACCAAUUAUACCGAUUUGGGUGAGUUCAAAGUCGGUCGUGGCAAAAGCAAUUACCGAGAUGUAGGCCGAGUAAUAGCAUUCAAUGGUGAAACAGAAAUGGACACGUGGGACGAAGAUGAGUGUAACACAUAUGUUGGAACCGAUUCAACCAUUUUUCCAGCAUUCAUGUCAAAAGAAGAAGGAAUUUGGGCGUACGAGCCCUCCAUUUGUCGAUCACUUGGAGCGUCAUAUCAAUCAAAAACCAAAUAUAAUGGAAUUCCAGUGUUACGGUAUGAGAUGGAUAUGGGCGAAGACAUAAAUAUAAAACAAUGUUUUUGUCGCGACGAAGAUACGUGUCCACCAAAGGGAACAAUCGACCUAUUCAAAUGUAGCGGGUCGCCAAUGUUUGCUUCUCUUCCACACUUCUAUUUGGCUGAUCCGAAACUCUUGCAAGGCAUUGAAUCUGGAUUGAAUCCAUCGAAAGAAAAUCAUGGAAUAAAAAUGCUUUUUGAAAUUAUGACCGGAAGUCCAUUAUCAGCGGCAAAACGGCUUCAAUUUAACUUGGAGGUCAAACCUAUCGAACAAAUUGAGCUUAUGAGAAAUAUGCCAGAUGUGUUGUUUCCAUUGUUUUGGGUUGAAGAGGGUGUGAAUUUGGGACGAGACUUCACGAAUCAAAUAAAAAACAGUCUUUUCUUAAUGAUCAAAAUUGUCACCAUUGUAAAAUGGCUUUUUAUCAUAGUUGGCAUCUUGGGAAGCGUUUUAUCUGGCGUGAUGAUGAUUAUGAAUAAACAAAAUAACAGUAACAAGGUCACUGUGCCAAACGGCCGUUAAAAAGCUGACGAACAAUCGAACCAAAAAUAGAUCAACCUAUUUAGUCGAUACAAAGAAACCAGCUAGACUAAAAUCAUUAAAUAUUACUUAAUUAUCUAUUAAUGAUUGAAACAAUUGGUUAUAAAAAGUGCCGCAGUCGACAUUUGUCUCUUUAGAAUAGGUCACCGUCUAUCACAUAAAAGUUAAUAUUAAGAUAUAUUAUUGCACAAUACAAUGGAUGGUAUAGGUGUGUGUGUGUGUGUGUGUGUGUGUGCUGUAAUGAAUGUUUAAUUAAAUUCAAAAAAGGUUAUAUGUUCGAUUUUUCAAAUUUCUUUAUUGUUUUUUGUAGUUCUGUUUCAUACAUUCAUAACAUCAGAGACCCUAGAACACUAGAAGAAUAAAUAGCUACAAUCUAAAACAUAAAUAAAUAAUUUAAAUAAAUAAAUUAUCGUUGUGUUCGUAGUCGUUUAAAUACACGUAAACCUAAUUUAGCAAAAAAAAGAAUAAUAUUUACCUAUCAAUUCAAAAAAAAAUUCUCUCUCACAUACAUAACUACAAUACAUACAAAUUUGAUUUUGGAUUAAGACCGAUAAUAUACAUGAAGCGAUUGAAAAAUAAAAUACUUUCGAUUAAAUUAGAAAUUCCUUGGGUGAUGAAGAGGCACUGACCGAUGUGAAUUUUAAAAAAUAUUUUUUUUUUAUUUCAAGGAAAUCUCGUCGGUUAAUCGAAAAUGAUUUAUUUCAUACGCUUCAUGUUGAAUAUUACGUUCGUCUAAGCACGGAAUUUUUCAAUUGUACUCCAUGCACACAGAGCACACGAUUGAAUCAU